CGCCGGCGGAUAGUGAGCCCCAUGCCCUAACGAACAUGAGGGUGGAACUAGCAGUAGACGGCAAAACGAUGGUGGAUAGCUUCCAUGGGCCUAGCAUGAAUUCUGGAGUGGAGGCAACCUCUGUGGGUUCCCCAGAAGGCUCCCCCUUUUCCAUCGUAGCGGAGCCCCGUUCUCACGGCCCAGCCAUUCCAGUUGGUUUCCAAGAGCAAACCUAUUCCACAAGCGAUGUUCAGAGGGGGGAUGACCAAGCAGAGCAGAAGGACCAAGGCGCUAUGGACCAAAACAAGCCUGAUGCCAGCAGCGAAUCCAAAUUUACUUUCUUGAUGGAGCAAAAACAAGGUAUUGAGCAGCCCGCUCCCAAAGACUCCAUCUACUCCUCGGCCCAGCCUGGUGGUGAGACUGUGCUGGAAAAGGAUUCUCCCGAGUCCCCGUUCGAGGUCAUCCUGGAUAAAGCAGCAUUCGACAAGGAGUACAAGGCCUCGUUCAUUAGUGAAGCCAACGAUCUCGGUGGUCCCUGGGUGGUGCAUGGUGAGAGAGAGCAGCUCACUGACAUUCCCGAGGAUCGCGUCUGCGAGUUUGAAGCCAAACCACGGCGGGGCAGCAGCGGCAGCUUCCCAAUGGGCGCUGGCCUCUCUCGUCAGUCUUCCUGCACCACAGCUGCCCUGGAAGAGGUGUCCAAGUGCGUGCGCGAGAUGCAUACCUUCACGAAUGAGCUGUUGACCUGGGACUUGAUUCCCAAGGUGGAGUCUGCCAACAAGGUCCCUGAGUUGGAUCUGUCAGAGUUGCCUUCCAAGGAUGCCAUAGAUAGUCCUGCCCAGCCAACAGGAGAAGAGAAGGAAGCAUUUAAAGCAGCCUCCCCUUCUCCCAUCAGCAUCAGGGUGUCCGCAGACUUGUCGGAGUACCAGUUCGAGCCACACUCUCCACGAGGCCAAGUUGUGGAUCUGAAGACCUCCGGACCUGCCACUAUCGAUAUGAAGGCUGAUGUUGCUUGGACAGGCACCAGCCUGGUUGAAACAGCAGAUGCAGACAGCUCGGGAGAAUCUGACGACACGGUGAUUGAGGACAUGACCGCAGAUCUGACCUUCAGAAGUGGCAAGUUCAUCCUCCAGCCUGCAGAGAAUGGCGCAGCUCCAGCUGGAAAGCCAGCUAUCAGCCCUAUCACCACUGGCGAAACCAGAGACUGGAUCAUUGCCGAUCAUGAAGAGGCCCCCACAGAGCUGCCUGAAAAGGGCAUGAUGCCCACCAGGACACCAGAGGACCACCGAGGAUUCAUCGAUGACUUUGAAACACUCCAGGCUCACCCCGAUAUCAGGGGGAGUCCAGUAUCUGAAGCAACACUUCUCAAGUCUUCCACUCUGGACUUUACACCCGUAGCUGCACAGCAAGUGAGCCGCACCAAUUCAGUUGGCGUUGUGAAGCCACUUCAAGCUGGUGGAAAGCCUGAUGUUCCUUCUAAAGAGCCUAUACAUGCACCAAGUGGAAAAGCCCCCUCACAUAUUACAGAAGGCCAACAGCGUCCAAACACCUUGAACGGGGAGAGCUUUGUGGACUUCAUGAGAGAGUGCCUGAAGUCCAAAGGCAGUGGCGACUCCCCAGAGGACCUCACAGAAAACUUCUUGGAGGCUGAAGCCGUAGCUUCAAAAACUGCACCUUGCAGAGACAGAGCAUAUUGGUCAGAGGUGAAGGAGAGUCGUGAACACACUGAGAGAGACCUAACCUACAGCGGAGGCAGUCUCCAGAAAUCCCCUUUCUCUCCAGGGUCCCCCACCACAGCCCAAGAUCUGGAGCAGGAGCGACUAACGAUCAAGGCCCUCAAAGAGCUAGGUGGAGAAGUAAAUGAGAAGACAUCUCCCACAUCAAGCAAAGUCUCCCCGGUAGAAGGAAGAAGGGCAGCCUAUGACCCCAACACUGGGACACCCCCUCAGAAACCCACCUUGGAGAAGAGGCCACUGUGUGUCCAACAGCCUAUGGACCCCAAGCCAACUCCCAUCCCUUGUGUUGGCACCGAUGACAAAACCCCCAAAGAGCCCAUCUGCGUUGGGCCGGCCCAGCCUCCUGUAGAUCAUGCUCUAGUGAGACUCCUGACUAAGUUUUCAGUGCGGGACCUGAUCUUCUGGCGGGAUGUGAAGAAGACGGGCAUGGUCUUCAGCACAACACUGAUCCUGCUGCUUUCGCUGGCGGCCUUCAGCGUGAUCAGUGUGGCAUCCUACCUCAUCCUGGCACUGCUUUCGGUCACCAUCAGCUUCCGGGUCUACAAGUCUGUCAUCCAAGCCGUGCAGAAGUCUGAAGAGGGGCACCCCUUUAAAGCCUACCUUGACCUUGACGUCACACUGUCCUCGGAGGCUUUCCACAACUAUGUCAAUGCCGCCAUGGUGCAUGUCAACCGGGCCCUCAAGCUUGUCAUUCGGCUCUUCCUGGUGGAGGAUCUGGUGGAUUCCCUGAAGCUGGCGGUCGUUAUGUGGCUGAUGACAUAUGUCGGGGCCGUCUUCAACGGGAUCACACUCCUCAUUCUUGCUGAACUGCUGGUCUUCACCUUGCCGGUUGUCUAUGAGAAAUACAAGACGCAGAUCGAUCACUAUGUUGGAAUCGUCCGGGACCAGACCAAGUCUAUCACUGCAAAGAUCCAAGCGAAACUCCCAGGAGUGGCAAAGAAGAAGCCCGAAUAGGCUGGUGGGCAGGAAAGUGGGUCCCAGGUGUUACUAAACCCCGUGUCCUAGUUAUAACCGUUGUUACUCGUACCUAUGAAGGAACUUGCUGAGUCCGCUUGAGCGGUAUCUUUGUUUUUCCCCCCCCCAAGCCUAAAAACAAAGCCCAUCCCUAUGUUGGAUUCUGCACCUGACUAAAGAAGAACUGGUGUUCGAUGGGGGGAGGUCUCCACGCCUGCUCCCAGCUCCGUGCCCUUCUUCUUGGCUUCUGCAUCCUCCCACCCCCAUCCCAUGCAACAAGCUUUCUUCUCCCUUGCCAUCAGCCCAUCCUGCUCCCCGGAAGGUGGAGGAUCCAUGCGGCAAAGGGUGGGAAGUCUAGAAGAGCCGUUCGCUUCUUCCUGACGUCAGUUUGUUCUUAGUUUCGGGUCCAUCCCCAUCCUCUCCCAGCCCACAAUGCCACGCUGCCACCCUUCAGAAGUCACCGCUCUCCUCCAUUUUGUUUUAUUAUUUCUUUGCCAUGAAAUGAAAAUGUCUGUAACUGCUGUAAAACCUUGCCUGGAGGAACCAGCGGAACCCCUCCAUCCCGUCCCGUCUCGGAGAUCAGCACAGGAGCUCUCUGCUCUUGUAUCCCCCUCUUGUGCAGGGCAGAGCGCCCUGUAGGAUGGCCGGCUGGCGGCGGAGGAGACCCAUAGAGGUGAGGCUAGGAGAAAUGGUACGUCACCAGCCCUGGUAGUUCAGCAUAGUUUUAGCGUAUACAGAGUCAUAACUUGUGUCCCCCUCUCUUUUUGAAGGUAGCUUUGAGUCGGUCUUAGAGCCAUCUACCACAGUCCAAACAGAGUUGGCGCUAACAGUGAAGUCCCAGCUUGUUUCCAGAGUGGAGCAGGGGGUGGAAGAGGCAAAGAGGGGUCAGGGAAGGGAAGGGAAGGGAAUGAAUGAGCUGCUUAGUGAUUGGACCCUGAGCUGGGAAGGUGCCAUUUUUAUUGUUAUUUUUUUGGCCUUCCACAGUGCAGGUGGGUGCGGAGGGAAGCAUUGGUCACCAGAGGUCAGAGCAAGGUGGAUCCCAGCAGAGAUGAGACGUAUCCAGGUCUCAUUUUGACACAAGGCCUGUGAAGUCAGAGCUUAGACAUAACCCUAUAGCCUGACCAACCGCUGGAGAUGCCUCUUUUGGUCCACAAGCCAGCGCCCACCCUCCUCCCGCCACAGGAAGUCCACCCCUUUUUUCUCACCCUUCCAUCAGCAUCUCUCCUCCUCAAGUCUCUUCUGCACUGGACACCCUCGGCCUAGCUCUUCCGCCUGUUUUGUUACUGCUGUUAUGUAGAUCCUCAUGAAGAUCUCUGUGCCAGGCGAUUUGGGGUUUUUUUGUUGUUGUUUUUUUUAAAGGAACAUAUGUAGACAAAACAACAAUGGAAACAAAACUACUAAUGAAGUGUGUGUGUGUGUGUAUGUGUGUAUAAGUGUGUGCGUGCAGCAUCAAACUACAGUAGUGGCCAGGGAACGCUUCCCCUGGUUCCUUGUCAAACUACAACCAAUAUUAAUAAAAAGAACACAACAGC